AACGCACUCUCGGACCUCGUGAAGGCUGCCCGGGCGGACCUAGGGAGGAUUAGUUUUUUCUCAAUCACAUUAAUGACGAGCAGCAGAUGGCUCAAAACAUACAAUUGCAAUCAGCUCGUACAACAUUUGGGCGGUGUGGUCCUCGGGGAAAUCGACGCGGAUGGGUUGAGAUUUUCGCCUUGCUCUGCUUUCCGACAGCGGCCAAACGUGAUGCCGCUUAUCAGUAGCCUUGGCACUAUAUCAUCAUCGGGAAGCUCCCUCCGCGGGUUCUCCAUCUUCCCAUCCUCUUUCUUCCUUACACCUCUUCCCACUUGCAAUUCUCCUCUCUUCCACCUUUCCAAAACCUCCAAUUCAAAAUGUCUGCUGUCGCCAGAACCGUCCGUCCCUUUGCUUCUCGAGUUCUCUCCCAGAAGCUCCCUCUUGCUUCUUGCGCGAGCAGAAUCUCGCCCGCUUUGGGUUUCCCGCGGGGAAGUGUCCGGAGCUUCUCGCAGAGCCCUUUCUGGCAGGUGAAGAAAUAUACUGAAUCGCAUGAAUGGAUCGAGCUCGCUGAUAACGGCAAGACCGCCAAGAUCGGUAUCACAGAAUAUGCCGCCCACUCUCUUGGUGACGUCGUCUUCGUCGAGCUUCCCGCCGCCGAAUUGGAGGUCGGCGCAGGCGAGCCCGUCGGAGCCGUGGAAUCAGUCAAGUCGGCCUCCGACGUCCUCUCUCCCGUGGCCGGAAAGGUCAUCCAGGGUAACAGCAUUCUGGAGGACAAGGCCAAGUUCAUCAACGAGGACCCCGAGGGUGAUGCCUGGAUCGCCGAGAUCGAGGUCAACGACAGUGCCGAGCUGGAGGGCUUGCUAAAUGUCGAGGCCUACAAGGAGACCAUCGAUGCGGAAUAGAUUACCUGUAUGAGGAUCAUAUGAAUGUGUUAUAAAAAUGAAGUGAUUUGCUUUUUCUUUUGGCUUGGGGUGUUCUUGUUUUGUCCAACGGAGGUUUAACUAUCUAUCUCCUUCAACGAAAAUCUUUAGAGUUACGUGAAACCGUCAACGGUGAGGCCUUCUAUUCAACAGGACUGGUCUAUUCUAUAUACAAAUGAUGAUG